AUGAUCUUCCUCAAGCUUUCACCAUGUCAAAGUCUCUGUAUGAAUUUGUCUCCAGUGCUAAUGUCAUUAAAGGUCCUCAUGCCCUUGACUCUACCAUCAUCAUUUAAGAAAAACAAUGUGGCAUUCUCUGAUGACAUCCCAAAGCAGUUCCAAAACUCAGGAAUUAAAGAUUUCGUCAACUAUGUUAAGAGUUAUCCUCUUCGAUAUGUCUUAUAUAACUUACAAGAUCCAUUCUACCCUAAACAAGUUUGUGAGUUCGACUAUUCAUGCUCUGUUGAUUCUGAUGCUCAAACCAUUACUGGAACCAUUAGAGAUGGUCAAUAUAGGAUUACUAUUGAUGUGGAAUCUUUCUGA